CCAUGCUUGUGGCGUGAGGAAUAGUUCCGCACGUCGUUUUAUUGACAUACAUCCAUAAACCAAUUAUUUAAAGAAUUGCGAAGAUUAUUUGUUUCGAUUUUAUUUACGAUAUUCUUCAGAUAUUAUCGUACUAACUGUCUAAGUUCAUAAUUGGCUAUUAAAGAGUCACAAUGAAGAUAAAACGUCAGAAGCAUGCGAAGAAAAGCAUCAUUUUCUAUAAGUACAACUUCAGCUUUCGGCAACCUUUCCAAGUAUUACUAGAUGGGACAUUUUGUCAAGCAGCGCUGAAGAAUAAGAUACAAAUUAAAGAACAGUUGCCGAAGUAUCUCAUGGGAGAGGUUCACCUCUGUACCACAAACUGUGCACUGAAGGAACUUGAGUCUCUACCGAAGGAACUGUAUGGAGCAAAACUCAUUUUACAGAGAUUUCAACUUAGGAACUGCACACACACCAAAGAACCACUACCUGCGUCACAGUGUUUGCUUUCAAUGCUUGGGGAGACAAAUCCCCAUCACUACUUCAUUGCAACACAGGAUCAAGAGUUAACUACAUCCCUGAAAAAGAUCCCAGGGGUUCCCCUGCUCUACAUUAUCCUGAACACCAUUGUUCUAGACAAACCCUCUGCUUCUACACUGAAGCACGUAGAAGCUGUUCAGCAGGGUGAAAUAGUGAGCUCAUCCCAACAAAAAAGCAUCCAGAGUCUUAAAGAGAAGCAGGGCCUCGGCAAAGAUGGCGAGGAGAAAAGAGGCAAGAAACGCAAAAGAAAAUCGAACAACCCAAACCCUCUAAGCUGCCUGAAGAAAAAGACGAAACCAAUGCAACAACCGCCUAAAAAGACUGAAGGAGAGAAAAAAAAGAGGAGUCGGCACAAGAAACGAAAGAUUGCUGGGGGAGAAACAGCAGCAGUCAACUCAAACCCCGCAACUGCCUAGAGUCAAACACCACUUUCAUAUUUUAAAGAAUGUCAUUUAUUGUAUAGACGUUUCAGUGACCAUCCAUAUUUAUCAGCUUGGUUUGACUAAUAAACAAGUUUUGUGGAAAUUCAGAAUUCAGGUUGAGAUAUCGUGUAUUUGUAGAGUGAGCUUUAUGUGUGGAAAUAAAUUAUCCAGUGAUAAUACUCAUUUUUGUUUAGGGUGAAUUGGGAAAACUCUUUUAUGGUAAAUGUUAAAGAUUUGGGACAUUAAGAAUGUAAAUAUAAAUGGGGCUUUUAUUGGA